ACGGCAAAAGCAGCUAACGUCAGAGUUUUACGUUGUAUUACGAUGACUUUGUGUUUUCUACUUUCAGAAAAUAGCGAUUGAAGUGUAGUUAAAGCAGAGCUUAGUUGUUUUACAAAUUCAAUAAUACAAAAUGGGCCAAAACCAAUCUGGUGGUGGAGGAGGCGGCGAUAAAAAGGAUGACAAGGAUAAAAAGAAGAAAUAUGAGCCACCGAUUCCAACGCGCGUCGGCAAAAAGAAGCGCAAGGCAAAGGGACCAGACGCUGCAAUGAAAUUACCACAAGUCACACCGCAUACCAGAUGUCGAUUAAAGUUGUUAAAACUUGAACGUAUCAAAGAUUAUCUAUUGAUGGAAGAGGAAUUUAUUCGGAAUCAAGAACGAUUGAAGCCACAAGAUGAGAAAAACGAAGAGGAACGAUCAAAGGUCGAUGAUUUGCGUGGUACACCAAUGUCGGUUGGUAAUCUCGAAGAAAUAAUCGAUGAUAAUCAUGCCAUUGUUUCGACAUCGGUCGGUAGUGAGCAUUACGUUAGUAUUCUAUCGUUUGUUGAUAAAGAUCAACUUGAGCCCGGUUGUUCGGUAUUGUUGAAUCACAAAGUGCAUGCUGUUGUUGGUGUAUUGGGCGAUGACACCGAUCCAAUGGUCACCGUUAUGAAAUUGGAAAAAGCACCACAAGAAACUUAUGCCGAUAUUGGUGGUUUGGACACACAAAUUCAAGAGAUCAAAGAAUCCGUCGAACUUCCAUUGACGCAUCCGGAAUACUAUGAAGAAAUGGGCAUUAAACCACCAAAAGGUGUCAUUUUAUAUGGUAGCCCAGGUACUGGUAAAACAUUAUUGGCCAAAGCGGUUGCAAAUCAAACAUCGGCAACAUUUUUGCGUGUCGUUGGAUCUGAAUUGAUUCAAAAAUAUUUGGGCGAUGGACCAAAAUUGGUGCGUGAAUUGUUCCGUGUUGCUGAAGAGCAUGCACCGUCCAUUGUAUUCAUUGAUGAAAUCGAUGCGGUUGGUACAAAGCGUUACGAUUCGAAUUCGGGUGGUGAACGUGAAAUUCAACGUACUAUGUUGGAGUUGCUCAAUCAAUUGGACGGUUUUGAUUCACGUGGCGAUGUUAAAGUAAUUAUGGCAACAAAUCGAAUUGAAACAUUGGAUCCAGCAUUGAUUCGACCUGGUCGAAUUGAUCGUAAAAUUGAAUUUCCACUGCCCGAUGAAAAGACAAAACGUCGCAUUUUCACCAUUCAUACAUCACGAAUGACAUUGUCGGACGAUGUAAAUCUCAGUGAAUUGAUUAUGUCAAAGGAUGAUUUAUCGGGCGCCGAUAUCAAGGCCAUUUGCACCGAAGCUGGUUUGAUGGCGUUGCGAGAACGGCGCAUGAAAGUCACCAACGAAGAUUUCAAAAAGUCCAAGGAAAGUGUCCUCUAUCGAAAGAAAGAAGGCACACCAGAAGGUCUUUACCUAUAAAUCAAUUAUGAUAUCAUUAAUUCUCCUGUAACUUGAUUUUGUUUGUACUACAAUUACUGCUUUUUAUUAUUAUUCUUCUUCUUUUUUUCAUGAACAUUAAUAAAGUAAUUAAUUAUU